CGCCUCCCUAGCCCCCUCGUUUCCUGCUGCUGGCGGAGGCCGAGGGAGAAGGUGGCGGUGGAGGCGGUGACGAAAAGAAAAGUGCCCCGGAGUCGGAGAAGCGGUCGCCCCCACCCCUGCUCGUCCCCGAAGGAAGCCAGCGCCGCCGCCGCCGCCGCCGCCCCUUCCUCCUCCCGCGCCCUGGUGCCUCCCCGCUCGCCACCUUUUUUUUUCGUUCGCCCCCACCCAAGUUUCCCUCUCCAGCUCCGGGACUUCCCUUCCUCCCACCCAGGACAAUAGAGCGGGAGAUGUCCUCCUCCGGUGGCCACCAGCAUAGCCAGAGCCGCGCCAUCCCCACCAGGACGGUGCCCAUCAUCGACUCCUCGCAGCUACCUCAUGACUAUUGCACCACGCCCGGGGGGACCCUCUUCUCCACCACGCCUGGAGGUACCAGAAUCAUCUACGACCGCAAGUUUCUGUUAGAUCGGCGCAAUUCUCCCAUGGCCCAGACCCCUCCUUGCCACCUUCCCAAUAUCCCAGGAGUUACCAGUCCUGGUUCUGUGACGGAGGAUUCCAAAGUGGACGUAAACCAUCUGAACAAUCAUGACGGGAAGCCUAUAAUUGGUGAUGAUGCUCAAUUUGAGAUGGACAUCUGAUUUUCCCUGAGGGUAACCAUGGAGAGACAGCAAUUCCUGAUCACCUGUGUACAUCUGAUUUUGACCAUCACGUUCAAUAACUCAAAGGAUGGAAGAAGAAGAAGCUGCUGCUGCUGUUUCCACAGAAUUUUCACUUCAGCUUUUGAAGUGCCAAAGGAUAAGAGGACUGUUUUCCCCUCUCCUUGAUUUCCAUUAGCCAUACCAUGCUUCUUACCCACCUCCCCACCCCUCUGCUUGCCUUACUCACUCCCUAUGACUGACUUGGAGCCCAUGAUAAAUUUAUGCAGCUAAGGUGUGUCCCUUGGCUUCUCGCACUUUAGAGACAAUUUCUCAAAUCAUGCACAUGCGAGAAUUUAACUUCUAUCAGCAAUUGGAUAUUUAUUGCAAAACACACAAGGGCCAUGGAAGGGGUGGACAUAUGUUUGAAGUGACAUGACACUGCCAUUGUUCUCCUUUCCCUUAACUGCUGUUAAAUUGAUGUCAGUUUAUUAACUGGUUUCUAUGUUAUAUCUUCUGUUGAUGUGCAGAAUGCACUCUUUGAUACUUCUAAAUCCUGUUGCUCGGCUUGUCUUUUCGAGUUAGUAUAUCCUUUCAUGUGGGCGCUGCUGUGGGAUUCUCCUAAAAAGAGUAUUAUUGGAGUUUUUUUCUACUUCCCCUGAAAAUUUCUUUAAAAGAAGAAUAGAUAAAUAACUUAGAAUCGUGAAUUCAUCAUGCAUUCAUUUCGCUUUGCAUUUCAUCCCAAUAUCAUUUCCAAAAAAAUAUAUAUAUCUCCAAUUUCCUCAUUUAAACCCACCAGUGUUAAAGGGGAACCACAUUUUUUUCCUAAUAUAAUUUGGGAGUAUCAUGCUUGAUGAACUUCUACACUGGUGUUUCUCAACCUCAGCAACUUUAAGCUGUGUGGACUUCGGCUUCCAGAAUUCUGGGAGUUGAAGACACAGCUCAAAGUUGCUGAGGUUGAGAAACACUGUUCUAUACUAUUUGUCUUCGGUCUUUAAUUUUUGCUGCUGAAUAACAUCUGCUGGGUUCUUGGCAAGUCUGUGUUUGUGCCAAAAAGAUUAAUUGAAACAACCUGGGUAUGCUUAACUGGGAGGAACUCAACAAAAAUUCGAAAUUCUUGAAAACAUCUUGUGUGGACCAGGGAACCUUAAGAAUUAGUUACUGAAUUAUUAAGAUGUUGACUGCUGAUUUCAUGAUGUGUGAUUUCAGAUGAAUUUGAAAUGAUGAGUAAUAAGUUACUAAGAGUUUACUGCAUUUUUGGAGCAAGACCUAUUUGUUUCUUGGUCACUAUUUUCUGCACAUUUCUUGAAUUCAUACAUUAUUAAAUCAGUCACACAGGAGCCUGUUGGAGAUCCAGUUUCAAUGGGGAGGAGUUGUUGAUGAUCUCAGUUAAUUCCACUUACUUGGAUACAUUAGCCAUUUUCCACCUACUGGUGACCCAACUUUUCAAGCUGACUAGUUCCAGCAUGAGAGAACUUACGCUGUUUGCCUGGAAUUGUUGCAGAGAGCAAGCAAGAUCCCUCUUUAUAGGAGUUGAUAGGCAACUGGGUCUCCUUGUGAAAAAGCCAAUUACUGUGAAGGGGAAAAAAAGGUAGAUCAUUUUAAUUCAGCUAAUGGAUGAAGCCAUGCCUUGGCUGCAGGGCCCCUUGAUAGUUUGCACCAUGAGAAUGCUUCUCCUUAAGACUGCAAUAUUAGAUUGUUUGAUUGUCUAGACCAGUGUUUCUCAACCUCAGCAACUUUAAGAUGUGUGGACUUCCAAGUCAUGCUGGCUGGGGAAUUCUGGGAGUUGAAGUCCACACAUCUUAAUGUUACUGAGAUUGAGAAACGCUGGUCUAGGCUAAUAGAGUAAAACCUCUUUGCUUGAUUUAAAAAAAGUGUCACUCAUAGAUGGAAAGCAGAUUUUUUUUUCAAAAGUUAACUAUUUUAGGACCCAGACUUAACAAAAACUGCAGUGAUAACAGCAGAAGAGGCAUUUCCUCUUCCUUCUCACAGAAGAGGGAAUGCUGCUUAAGGCAGCGCUUGCUGUGACCCAGGUACAUGAUCCCUCCUGAACUAGGCAUUUUUUUUACAUAGCAGACCCACGCUGGAGUUUUUGGAUGCUUGCCCCCUGUGAUCAGUGAGGUUUCCUCUCUUGUAAUUAUAUUUUGAGAGAGUAGCCUCUGAGGCAGGGAUAAGCAACUGUGACUUCCCCAGAUGUCAUACGAUUGCAACUCCAUUAUCUCUGGCCAUUGGUCUUGCUGUCUCAAGCUGAUGGGGGGUUAGAAUUUUCUUCUGCUCUAAGAUCCUUGCUUCUCUAAAAUAUUUGAUGAUGAUUGCCUCUGAUUCCUUCAGGAAGUCUUCCAAGUGAGAUUCAUGUGCUACCUCAAAAAUAGAAUGACUGAGUUGUGCUAGCUUCCCUAGUGGGGAGGUCACACUGAUGUGGCAAUUUUGCACAUGGAUUUUAUUGUUCAGGCAUAAUUGGGAGUGGGAAGUGAUACAGCCUCAGGGAUGUGGCAACUAUACUUGUUUUUAACAUAGGCUUCACUUCUAGAAGAGUAUCUGAAAAUAUGCUUACGGAUUUUGACCUAUAAAAUGGCAUAGUUCAGUUCAGUUCUUGGAUUCACCUGUAUUUACAAAUCCUGGAAUUGACUUUGGCUCUUAAUUCUCUUUAUAAAUUGGCAACGUAUCAUAAUUGACUGGAUUUGGGGGGGGGUGAUCUAAAACGGAGGGUCUGGUAAAACCAUUUGCUUCCUCUCUGCCUCUGUGGUAGCUUUGGAGGCAUGUAAGAAAGACAAGAUUUUAUUUUGUUUUGCCUACUGUAAAAUGUGAAUAAUACAGAAGCAAAUUUGCUUUGUAACUGUUGAUGUCUCAGGAAUAAUCUCUUAUUUGCAAUGUUUCUGGGGAAAGAUUGCUGCUUCUAAAAUGGUGACAAUGCUGUGACUAAGCUGCGACUGGCCGAGGGAAGAGUCCCUUGAGGUGUGCCGUAAGCUGCUGGAUUUUGGCCAGGGUACUUCCCAAUGCGCUGCAUGUUCUGUCAUAAGUCAGAACACAUUUGGUCCCAGCGCUUCCUUCUGGAACCUCACUGGCUGUACGGUUGAUGAGGCAGGAUGGAUACAGCUUUGCUUGGCAGAUUUGGGCAAAACUGAGGUUUAAUCACGAUCCCAGCUCAGCUAAUUCCAGGGAAGGAAGAAGAGAAUAAGAAUAGAGUUUUGGGGGCUGCUGACAGACACUCUUCUCAUUGUAGUAUUUUUUUAAAAAAUGUUUGGAACUUGGGAAUUAACCGGUAUGUUACUUUUCCCUUCUCUUGAUUUAACUAUUAAAAAUACCUUUAAUAGCACCAUUCCUUUCACAAUAAAGCACCUCCUUUAACAGAGAAUUCCAUGAGAUUUUCACAAAUCAGCUUAGUUGCUGCUUGUAAAACUGAUUGCCUCUGAAGUCUGUUCUGUUAACAUAGCUGAAGAAAGGAUUAUUCCAAAGGUGAGGGCUGAUCUGGAGUCUGAGCAGAUUUCUCUUCCUGUCCUGCAGGGUUCCUUGUGUGUCUGGAUAAAUCUAAUCUCUUUCUGCUGUGGUUUCCCCACUUUAUAAAAUUGAGACAGUAGACUCCUACCUUACAGGGUUGUUGUGAGAAAAGUGCUGUGAAGAAAUCAAUAAUGUUCCAUUUCCCCAAAACUUAGAAAACUAGUUCAGUCAUGACCACUUUCUCCCGGUGCCUCCUGGAUUUUAUCUCUCAUCAGUGACUACUAACAGCUGUAUUUUAUAAUUGAGCAAAGAAGAGAAAGCUAUGUAGAAAAAAGGCUUUGUUGCUUUCUUUUGCUGAGUUUAUCCCCCUAGCAGAGUAUAGUUCUCAGUCUCUUUUUAAUGCAGCCAAAACUGCAGAGAAGACAGACAUAACAAAAUGUUUGCAGCUGAUUUUUAUGCUGAAAGUAUUUGAAAAAUUUCCAGCUGGUAGCUGGAAGAAUAGAAAUAAUUGCUAACCUGUUUUGCAGCUCCUCAAAUUCAGAACCAGAGCCUCAUUUAUCAGUAAGUUAGUGUUGUAUCUGUUUUCUACACAGGCCUCCAGUGCAUUAUGAUCAUUCCCCCUGCUUUUUUUUGGGGGGGGGGAAUAAACUUUCAUAGCUGAUAACUUUUAAGCACUGUUGUGAGCAACGUGGAUCCAUGACAAACAUUUUAGGUAAGUAAGGCUGCAAGCUGUAGUCAGUCAAUUCCUUUUUUGUUAACUAAAAGGAACAGAUCUAGGUCACUGUAGAACAUGCUUUCCUUUAAUUUUUUUCUGUCCUUAAAACUUUUCAUAUUGAAAUACUAUAUAGAUGUAAUCAACUGACUGCAAAUCAUUGAUUAAAAUUAUUUUAUUCUGUCUUCAGAUUUAUCUAGUAUUAGGCUAGCAGAAAAAAAUACUGUAGAGAUAUCUGGGGGGGAGUUGAGAAAGUCAAGAUGGCAGGACUGAAUCUCCUUUUUAAUGUGCAUUGUGUAUGCAGCGCAUGUAAGAAGGGGGUGGGUCUUUAGUCACAGCCGCUAUCUUGAAUUUUGGCCAUGUUCUAGUGGUUGUGCAAAUGCUAGCAAGGAUCAAGCAAGGAUACCUAGUCUUAAGGAAGUUGUGCUUUGCAAAUGGCUUCUGCAGAUGGAAGCAUUUUAUGUGACAUUUGCACAAAAGGAUUUCACCAAGGGCAGACAUUUUGUACUAGGUUGACAACCUAAGAUGCCAUUUUUACAUUAUAAACAACAAUUAGUGAUAAGUUGAGCCAGCUUGGUUAUUCUGGAGCCUCUCAACUCUCCAGAUAGUAAUCUGGAAGCCUGAAUUGUGCGUCGCUGAGCAAGCUGACUUCCUCACAAGUAGUCAGGUUCUGUAAAUUGUUGUAUUCCUGUAAGGACUUCACAAUGACUGCUAAGCACUGAUCCUCCCUCCCUGAGGCAGCAUACAGAAAAUCCAACAAGAUAGUUUUUUUCCUGCUAGUGAGAUUAAUGAGAAGUACUGUAUGAUUAAAUUUUGAUAGGGCCAUCUAAUGUUGGAUUUUACAAGUGUACCCUGGGAAUAGUGUGUUUCUACUCAGUAGAUAAAUGGAAUAUGUAUACUUAGCCAUGGGUAGCUUCUGACCACUGCUACUGAUUUAGUAACAAAUACAUAAAAUGAGACAUUCUGAUUUGGUUGAAACAAAAUCAGCAUUCUGUUCCUGGAGAGGCCAGGCAGAUGCCAACCGGAAGCUCACAAUUUGAGAACAAUAGCAUCUUCGCAUUCAUAUACAGAAAAUCAUUUUUCAUAUACUGGAGGUACUAUAUGACUUGUGACAAGAAGCUAUUUACAGUGGUAUCUUUUAAAAAAACCCCAUCUAGAUCAUGCUGGCUGGGGAAUUCUAGGAGUUGAAGUUCACACACCUGAAAGUUGCCAAGGUUGAGAAACUGAUCUAGAUAAUUUUAGUAACAUGGUGAAAAACACACACACUGAACCAGAAGCCACCAUCACACCAAGAAUAUAUAUUUGAAAACCUAUCACUGGAAGUACCUGGAUUCCAUGCAUUGGGUUGAACACUUGUGCGAUAAUGUGGCAACUUUAGAAUAAGCUGAAGAAUAAAUAAAUGCAGCACAUACCUAUGGUAGAAGUAGCCCAAUACUUAACUGUAACAGGCUGUUUGCAGUUCUUUGCCUAUUCAGUUUCCAAAUGGCUUGUUUGUCACUAAAAAAAUCUAGCAGGAGGUUGAGUCUUUAUUACACUUUAUGUUUCCAUCUUUCCUCAGACUAUGUGAAACCACUGAGUAUUUGAUUGGAAUUUGUUUCUUUCCUGUUGUGCUUAAAGAUGCAAUUAGUUCCACAGAAGUGUUCCUUGUGGCAAAAAAAUCAGAUUCUGGUCUUCUAGCUAGCUAUGGCAUUCCAACUUGGUGUCUUGAUUAAAAACCUUCAUUCUUCCAAUUCAUCUGUCUAGACCCAGCAGGCUGGGGAAUUCUGGGAGUUGAAGUCUACUCAUCUUAAAGUUGCUGAGGUUGGGAAAGACUGGUCUAGACUGCUUUUGAUGUCCUUUUAGCUUCAGCUGACUCACAGAAAGAAUGGAGGAGAAAUGCACUACGAGUUGUCUUCAACAACUGGAAAGUGAGCUGCUUGUUUCCAUAAUGAAGCUACACGGAAGGACACAAAUAUUUUAAAUACAGUAAGAGCAGUAGAAUUAAAAUAUUUUAAGUACUUGCUAUUGCUCAUCAUUAUGGUGAUGUAUUAGUAAUAACACCUUUAGUAGAGAGAACUAUUAAUAAAUAAUGGGUGUUUAUUGUGGCCUUGGAAAGUCUCCAGUGUUGUAUCUAAGAUGCUGUCUUGACUUGGAGAGAACAGAAGCCACUUGGAACACUGGUAAGUCCCCCUUGCUCUCACCAAAGAUAACAUGCUCAGUGCAUCAGUGAGGAUUUCUAGGGGCCAACUUACGAGCUCACAACUCUGUCACUGCCAGUGGCAUUUGGCUAUAUAUAUAGGAUUGAAUUAUUGAUGAGCUUUGCCAUUCUAAGUCGGCUAGUGUUCAGUCUGUUAGCCAGGAGGCUACACUUUUUCUGCUAACGGAGUUGGACGAAAAGUAAAUCGGGAUCUGCUAGUAAAUGGGUAAGGAUUUUUGACUGAGUGCUGUAAUGAUAACUAAUAAAACCCUUUACCUCUAAGAAAAAACAUGUUUGGAACAAACCCUGAGUAGAUACUUGCGUGAAAUUACUUUGAAGAAAUGCAUUCCUUAAUUCUUACUGUGUGCCUGUCUGCCUGAGCGAUAGUUUUUGGCCUGGCUCUAGGUCAGUGUUUCUCAACCUCAGCAACAUUAAGAUGUGUGGACUUCAAGUCCCAGAAUUCUGGAAGUUGAAGUCCACAUAUCUUAAAAUUGCUGAGGUUGAGAAACCCUGGUGUUGGUGGACCUGAUAGUUGUGGCUGGAUGGGUGGAAAGAUAUCCUGAAGGUCAGUGGCCUGCCUGCAGCUAUCUUCAUCCAGAGUGGUUCCCAUGUCAAACUUUGUCCUAGAUCUCUUCAAACAACUAGUACCCUGUCAACCUUGAGUUUCUGCUCUCCACCACCCUUAAGGUUCUUGUGUUUGCAACUACUGGUGCUCCUCCAUUCAUGGAACUGUCCUUGAUAUUUCAGUAGUUGGAUAGUUAAGCUUUGUUACAUUCAGUUCUCGGUAAACCCCAGGACUGUGUUAAAACUUUCUGGAUUAGUUCUGUAGUCAAGAACUUGCUAUUAAUCACAAUUUCAGUCCCUUCCACCAUCCCAUUUCUCUCAAUUUUAGCUUGCUGAAUAGAUUUUGCCAAUGGAUGUAAAACUGAGAUUUAAUCCUUUAUUUGUCUACAUAUAAACUUCCAGUUUGAUAUUCUAGAGGUGACGGGCUCGCCCCUGGGGGAGCUGGGGGUGUUGACGACCAACAGGAAGCUCUGGCGUGGGCUGGUCCAUGAAGUCGCGAAGAGUCGGAAGCGACUAAACGAAUAAACAACAAACUUCCAGUUAAUUUUACACCAUGGUCAGGAGUCCAAGCAGGACAUUUUGAUAGGCAUUUGGGGAUACUUUAAAAAAAAAGUAUGAUGUCCCUGUUAAGGCUUGUGUUUCCAUCAGUGGCUAGGGAAUGAGAGUUCAAAGAACAGGUAACAGAACAAAUUCCUAUGCAGAUGUUGCAUGGCAAUAUACUGCUUGAAUUUUUUGCCUCUUUCACCCUGCUGUCAUGGUGCACAGGGGUGUGGUAGGUUGGAAAGUUCGUGCAAAACUGGGUAGCUGUUGAAAAUUAAGAUAAUACUACUGUGGAGAGAGGUUAUGUGAAAAUAAUUAUGUAUAUGUAUGUGGGUGAAUGUUUAUACGCCCCCCAAUAUAUACAAAUAUAUAUGUAAAUUACUUUUAAAAAAAAUAACUUGUUUCUUUUAACAUCAGGAAAAAAUGCUUUGGAUUGAUUAUGAGAUAUAUCUGGUUUAGCCAAUGAUGUUUCAUACAUCUGGCUUUACAAGCAUCAACAAUAAUUUAUCUAACAUGGAAAUCCAUGAGGCAGGUGUUGUAGGGACCCGAAGUUUAAAAAGUGGUUGUAAAUCAAACAAGGUGUGGGAAAGUCAAUCAGCACCUUGGUCCUUGUUUAUCUGAGGAACACAAAACUUCCUUGGUCCUCCAUCUUCCCUCUAAUGCAGUGUUUCUCAACCUUGGCAACUUUAAAAUGUGUGGACUUCAACUCCCAGAGUUCCCCAGCCAGCAUGGCUGGCUGAGGGAUUCUGGGAGUUGAAGUCCACACAUCUCAAAGUUGCCAAGGUUGAGAAACACUGGUCUAAUGCCUACUUCAUUGCAUGAUGAUGGCAAACCAGUGUGCCUUUCUUUGCCUUAAAUGGGCAAAGUUCUCCUUCAGACAUUGUGUGGCAGCUUGUUUUCUAUCUAUCUUAUUUGUUGGCAUUCAAGCAAGAGUAGAAGCUGCUGCCCAAAAGAUUUCUGAAUGUUCUUGAUACGUUUAAAAACUAGUUGUAUCUUCCCGUUCCAUUUUUUUUUUUGCUCAUCAUCCAUGUUUAACUGAACCCAGGAUUAUUGUUUUAACCAUCAAAGAUUGUUUGAACAGUCAUUGGGUACUUCUGUACGUAUCUGAUUUUUACUGAAACAGGUGUUUGGGAAAACACUCUCACCAAUGGUUGCUGUUACGGUGAGAUCAAUAAAGAUCUUGAUUAUAUCAAACCAAAA